ACGACUUGUUAUAUAUAGCCUUCAAUUCCCCACUGGAGCUUAGAUGAUCUGUUUCCAUUUUUCCAAUAUCACUAUUUUAUUCUUUUCCAAUUUCUUCACUUCUCCCCAACCUGUUAGCUACACCAAAAAACACUAGCUAGUAGCAGUACUACUAGCUGUAGUAGUUGUACCAUUUCACUGCAACAUUCAGAUAAAACUCACAGUUUACUCUUCCUUCUCUUCUUCUUACCCAUUCCUCUGUCCCAAUAACCCAAUCAUCUAUAAAAGUGAGUGAUUUAAAGUUACAAAAAAAUAAAAAAAUAAUACUAGUCAUGGAUAUUGAUAUGCUCAAAUCAGCAGCAGGUUGUGAAGAUCAAAUGGAAAUGAUGCUUAUGAUGCAAUUGGACAAAUUUCCUGACUUUACCACUGGUAACAGUUCUGAAUUGCCAGUGAUGGAGUUUAGUCCACAAGGAAGUUGCAACAGCAACAACAACAACUACAAUUACCAUCAACUUGACCAAAAUUCACCUAAUUUCCUCAACAUGCCAUCUACUAUUUCAUUCACAAACUCUCCUCCAAUGCAUCAAAAUCCAAAUUUCUUAGCCAAUUCUGGUGCAUUUAAUUCGCAUUCUAUGAAUCGGAGCAACAUGGCAGCAAUGAGGGAGAUGAUAUUCAGGAUUGCAGCAAUGCAGCCAAUUAACAUUGACCCAGAAUCAGUGAAACCACCAAAGAGAAGGAACGUGAAAAUAUCGACUGAUCCACAAAGCGUCGCGGCGCGUCAUAGGAGAGAAAGGAUAAGUGAAAGGAUAAGAAUAUUACAAAGAUUAGUACCAGGAGGUACAAAAAUGGACACUGCAUCAAUGUUGGAUGAAGCAAUUCAUUAUGUGAAAUUCUUGAAAAAUCAAGUACAAUCUUUGGAAAGGGCAGGUGCAAAUAGGCCAUCUAAUGGUACUGCUGCUGCAGGAUUAGGAUUCCCUGUACCAAUGUCUUUAAGUGGGAAUUAUAAUUUACCUGUGAGUACAAAAAGUUGUUAUCAAAAUAUUCAACAAUAUGCAGAUGUUUAAUUGGUUUGAUUAUAAAAGAAAGAAAAAAAGAAAGAAUUGUACUAGUUCUUCUUUCUUGUGUUAGUAUUAAAUUGGAUUUGUGGGGUUGUAAAUUAGAAAAAGGAAGUGCUUACCAUGCAUGCUGUAUUGGGUAGAAGAAUAAUUGAUACUAUAUUAUUAUAACCAUGGUAUAUAGAGUAAUAGAGCCCCUAUGUAUUAUUGAUCGAUCUGUUAAUAAAAUUUUAUGUUCCUUGUAGUA